AUGUCAUCUUCGACAACAACUUUUGAAAACUUCCCUGCCGUCACUACUACUACCACUUCGACUGAUUGCAUUGAUGAGGGUGAAUUUUUGACUAAACCUAAUACUAUCUCUCAUUCUCACUCUCAACAACAGGAAUUUGACGCUUUUUCUAACAAUAAUACUGAAGUGGAACAUCAACAGCAACGACAGAUUAAAACAGAAAUUCUUAAUGUUAGCUCAUCGGCUUACGAAACUCAUUUUCCUUCACUCUCAACUUCUACAGCUUCUUCCUUCUCUAAAUCGUCAUCUAUUUGGGUUAAUCGUUCUACUACUAUUCUUGAUUUGCCUGCCUCUCAACAAUUACAAAAAAAAGAAUUUGGCAACAAGACUACAACCGUUGCAAUUGUUAAACGCGUAAAAGAAAAAACCAAUACAAAUAUUGAUGUUUCAACUGGACAAAAAACUGGUACUACUACUUUUUUGAUUAAAGGAAAAAUUGAAGAUGUUACGAGGGCUAAAUUUGAAUUAUUAGAUAAUUUGGCUAUCAAGAAAGAAGAUUCAGUUAAAGUUCCAAUAUUUGCAAUAUAUCAUUUAAAAAACAAACAAAAUCAAGUGUUAUCAACAAUUAUAAAUAAAACUGAAGAGACAACAGUUGAUGUUAGAAUUGAGGGAAAUGAAAAUGGUGUAGAAACUGCAAAAGGUGAAUUGGAAACUUUUGUUAGUUCAUUGAGAGAAGAAACUAUCAAAGUUCCAAUAUCUUCUCUUCGGCAUAUUAUUGGGUCUGGUGGUAUGACUAUACAAUCAAUCAGAAAUAAAUCUGGUGUUAGAAUUCCUAAUUUUCCUCGUAAAGAUGCCCAAAUUGAACAAAAAACUGAAAUUAAAGCUAUUAUUGAUACUAAGGCUUCCAAAAGAACUCAUCGUAUAACACAUAUUGAACAACAUUAUUAUCAACUGAUUGCUGGUGCUCAUAAUCAACGUCUUAAACAAAUUGCCACUGAAACUGGUGCUAGAAUUGAUAUCCCUUUCUCACAUGGAAGUGGUGGCAUAUCAACGACUUCUGAAAUUAAUGCUACUACAACUGAUUCUAAUUCACAAAAACAUUGUAUUACUAUUAUUGGUGACAAAGAUGCUGUUAAGAAAGCAACUGAAAUUAUUGAGGAGAUAUAUGAUGAAUUAUCAAGCACAACUUGUCUAGCUACUAUUGAUAUUCCUAAACGCCAACACAAAAUAUUCUUGAGUCAUAAAGGUGCAUUUCUUCAAGAAGUUUUUGAGACCACUGGUUGUUUUGUUGAUGUUCCUUCUAUGUCUGAUCCAUCUGAAAAAAUCUCAAUACGUGGUCCUCAAGAAAAAUUUUCUGAUGUUUUCAAACUUUUAUAUGACAAAGCAAAUUCCAUUACGAUAAAAUCUCUUGAUGUUACUAAAAUUCACAAAUUUAAUAAUAACGAUGGUGUAGAUAAUCCUUUGGAAUACAUCAAAAACCUUUAUAAAUAUUUCAUAAACAGAAACAAAUUAAAAAUAAUUGAAUCAGAGACUGAGGUUUAUAUUGCUAUACCCCAAGCACCAUCUGAAUUAGAUAAAGAUAAAAUUUUAUAUUUUGAAGGAAAAGUAGCUGCUAAUGUGGAAAAAGCAAAAAAAGAUGUCACUGAACUUAUUAAAAAUCUGCCACCAGCUAAUUUUACCACUGUAAAUAUUGAAUCUCAUCUUCACCGUCAUAUCAUUGGCCGUAAAGGUCAAAAUUUACAACGUGUCAAGGAAACUUAUGGUGUUGAGAUAAUUGUUCCUGAUGAAAAAGAAGAAAGUUCAAAUAUACUGAUUGUUUAUGAAGGAGCAGUUGGUGUAGAUGGUAAUGCCAUUGCUGUAGAUAAUAAUGCUAUGAAUGAUGUUUUAGUAAAGGUUAAAACAGAAUUAAAGAAAGCUGGUCAAGAUGCUUCUGAAUUUUCAACAAAAACACUUAAUAUUCCUGUACGAUUUCAUCGAAAUAUUAUUGGACCCAGAGGUGCUACAUUGAAUAGUAUUACUGGAGGAAUUGAUUCUCCUGUUUCUGUCAAAUUUGGUUUGCACAGAACAGGUGCUGCUGAACGAUCGGCAAAUGCUGAAGGUAAAAGAUUUAAUAAUUUACCAGUUUCAUCAGAUGAUCUUGUUGUGAUUAAAGGUCCUACUGAAGAGGUAGAAAGGGUUGUCAGAGAAAUCAAUAAAGUUGUUCAGGCAAAAAAUUUGGAAGAACCUGUGAAUCCCCAUACAAUUAAUUUCACUUUACCUGCAAAAUAUUUAGCUCAUAUAAUUGGUAAAGGUGGUUUGCACAUUACUCGUUUGAAAGAGUCUUUUAAUGUUAAAAUUGAUAUUGAUAACAACACAAAUUCCAAGGAUACAAUCAAGAUUACAAUUAAUGGUGCUAAAGAUAAUGUUGAACAAGCAAAAGCAAAAAUAUUGAGCCUUGUAGAUAAAUUACAAGAUCCAGUAAUUGAAACUUUGAAAAUACCCAUGGAAUAUCAUAAAUUAUUAAUUGGACCAAAAGGUAGAUAUGUUAGAAAAUUAGAAGAAAAAUGUAAUGUACAGAUCAGAUUUCCAAAGUCAAAAGAAUUUGUUACUGCUAGCAAUAAUGGUAGUAAUGGUGAUGAUGCUAAUAAUAGUAGUAAUAGUGGCAGUAUUGUUGAUACACAAAAACCUGAUGAAGUUAUUAUUAGAGGCAAGAAAAAAGGGAUUGAUGAAGCUAAGGCUGAAUUGUUGGAAUUGUUGGAUUAUGAGAAAGAAAAUAAUAAUUCUAUUACGUUUACUAUUCCUGCCAAAUAUCUUCCUCACAUAGUUGGUCGUAAUGGUUCAAGAAUUUCUGAAAUAAGAGAUAAUACUUCUACUCGUAUUGAUUUUGAAAAACAAGAGAUUGAUAAUGAUAGCAGUAAUACUGACAAUAGUGAAAAGGCUAAUAUUGAUAGUAAUAAUAAUAGUAAUAUCAACAAAAAUAAUGUUAAUAAUCAACAGCAGCAGGAACAAAAAUUAGCAAAUGUUGCUAUUUAUGGAGUAAAAUCUAAUAUCAAUAAAGCAAAAUUACAAAUUUUAGGAAUUGUUAAUGAGCUUGAAAAUCAAGUAAUUGUAAAAAUAAAGAUUGAUCAUCAAUAUCACAAGUAUUUGAUUGGUCCUGGUGGUAAUCAUAUACGUGAGAUUGUUGCUAGAGCUGGUGGUUCUGAUGAACGAAACUUGGCUAGUGUUGUAAAAUUUCCUUAUUUUGGUGAUAAUAGUGAUGAGGUAACCCUUAAAGGUGAUAAGGUACUUGUGGAAAGUGUUAAAACUGAAUUGGAAAGAUUGGUUGAAGAGCAGAAAAAUAUUCCAGUUGAUUAUAUUCAUAUUCCACCUUCACAAUAUUCCAUGAUAAUUGGACGUAAUGGUAUCCAAUUAAGAGAAUUUCAAGAACGUUUUAAUGUAGAAAUUAAAAUACCUAAUUAUUCUACUCGAAAACAACAACAAAAUUAUCAUCAAUAUCCAGUUUAUGAUACAAAUCAAACUGGAAGUUGGAGUGAUGAAAUUGAAUGUAAUGAUAAUAAUAUUGAAGAAGCCAUUAAAAUCACUGGUAAAGCUGAAGAUAUAAAAGCCGCGAAAAAUGAAAUUUUGUCUAGAAUUCGUUAUGCUCACACCAUUAAUAUUCCACGUAAAUUUCAUAAUGCUCUAUUGGCAAAUGGCACCACUUUUAAAAAACUUCAAACAACUGAAUGGCAUGACUAUGUUGCUUGGAAAUUACGUGGUGAAAAAGGUCAUGUAGAAAAGGCAGAGGAAUAUAUAAAAAAUUUGUUAAAUCAAGAGAAACAAUUCACACAUAUUGGAUACAUUCAAAUUCCUAAAGAAUAUCAUAGUCAUAUAAUUGGUCGUGGUGGUGGAACUAUUACACGUAUUCGUAGUGAGAGUGGUUGCAGGAUUGAUGUACCUAAAUCUAAAAAUGAUAAUGAUGAGGUAACCCUUAAAGGUGAUAAGGUACUUGUGGAAAGUGUUAAAACUGAAUUGGAAAGAUUGGUUGAAGAGCAGAAAAAUAUUCCAGUUGAUUAUAUUCAUAUUCCACCUUCACAAUAUUCCAUGAUAAUUGGACGUAAUGGUAUCCAAUUAAGAGAAUUUCAAGAACGUUUUAAUGUAGAAAUUAAAAUACCUAAUUAUUCUACUCGAAAACAACAACAAAAUUAUCAUCAAUAUCCAGUUUAUGAUACAAAUCAAACUGGAAGUUGGAGUGAUGAAAUUGAAUGUAAUGAUAAUAAUAUUGAAGAAGCCAUUAAAAUCACUGGUAAAGCUGAAGAUAUAAAAGCCGCGAAAAAUGAAAUUUUGUCUAGAAUUCGUUAUGCUCACACCAUUAAUAUUCCACGUAAAUUUCAUAAUGCUCUAUUGGCAAAUGGCACCACUUUUAAAAAACUUCAAACAACUGAAUGGCAUGACUAUGUUGCUUGGAAAUUACGUGGUGAAAAAGGUCAUGUAGAAAAGGCAGAGGAAUAUAUAAAAAAUUUGUUAAAUCAAGAGAAACAAUUCACACAUAUUGGAUACAUUCAAAUUCCUAAAGAAUAUCAUAGUCAUAUAAUUGGUCGUGGUGGUGGAACUAUUACACGUAUUCGUAGUGAGAGUGGUUGCAGGAUUGAUGUACCUAAAUCUAAAAAUGAUAAAGUGGUUGUAGUUACAGGUUCACAAGAAGGUGUAGAAAUAGCAAGACAAAUAAUGUCUGAUGUGAUUGAUCGAGCAGAAAAUAUUGAAUGUGCUCUACGUUUAUUAAGCUAG